AUGGGUAAAAAAGCUGAAAUUAAGAAAUAAGUAGCUUCUAUAGAUAUGUUUGGCUAAAACGUAUAACUACUAUACUAAAAAAGGCCAUAACAUCUUACAUUUUUUGGCGGAUUGAUUACACUUGCGAAUGGAAUUCUUCUAAUAUUCGUAGGGUAUUCGUACGGUGCUGAAUUAUUCUUGAAACAGAAUCCUGUUACUAACUUUUCAGAAGAAAGUAUUAGACAACCUGAAUAAUAUAAUUUGACACUUAAAACAUUCAAUAUGGCUUUUGGGAUGUAAAAUCCUAACACUUUUGACUAGUUUAUAGAUGAGUCGAUAUACACUAUCACCGUUUUACGUACUUAAAUGACUAAAGUUUAUAAUGACACAACUGGAUUAUAUGAUUAGGUUUGGUCAUCAACUGAUUUGGGGCCAUACCCUUGUUAACUAUCGAAUUUCUAAGUCGAAGGAAGCUUAUCCUAUUUUUAGGAACUAUCAGGAAUUGAUUAGAUGUAUUGCUUUGAUUAGAAUAACGAUAUGGCAGGGAUAGCUGGUGAUUUUGAAGCUGAUUUUUAUCAAGCGGUAGAAUUUUUCAUCUAUUAAUGCUACAAUAGAACUGAGGAAGAAGCAGCCGAUUUAAUUAAAUAAGGAAAGAAGGUUGUUGUAUGCAAGAGCUAAGAAGAAAUAGAUAACUUGUUAAUUAACGGCUACUUUGCUGCAUACUAUACUGAUAAAGUCAUUAAUCCAAAAUUAAGAGAUCAACCUUUUACUACCUUUCCUAGAGACAUAUUUUGGCCAACUUCAAACAAACUUGUGAAGGAACUUACUAUGUACUGGCGUAAUGUCUACAUUGAAAGUGAUUUAGGUAUAGUAAACUAAGAUAUAUAAGUUAUAAGAGAUGUCACCUUUUCUUACUCAACUGAAUAACUUACUUAUGGUCAGAGUAACUAAUUUGUUCAUCUUGUAUUUAGAUUUGAAAAAGCCAAGUAGUCAAGAUACUUUAGAUCUUAUAUAAAAAUUUAAGAUGUUUUGGCCUAAGUAUCUGGUGUUAUGAAUUUAUUCUUAAUUAUUUCAUCUUUUAUGUGUAAAAGAAUCGCAAAAUUAGAUUUAAGUUAAAGUUUAGUCAAUGAGGUAUUUUCAUUUUAGAGUGCCGAAGAAGAAGCUUAAGAGAAUAAUAUUCACCAAGCUAAAUAGCAAAAAGAAGAGAAAACAUCUAAACUUGUUAGAAAAUUUACAAAUUAACUUGUAAAAUCAAGCAAAUUUUCUUAAAAUUCUCCAAAAAGCGUAGCAAGCAAAGAAUAAAAUAAUUUCUCAGAGCAAGUACAUUAAUUAGAUGAAUAGUAAAAAGAAAAUCAAGAUGCCAAAAAUCCUGGUUUAAAAAGAUAGCACAGUGAAAUUCUCUCUUCCUAUAUCAAAAACUACAAAAAAGAAAUCCAGACCACGCCUAAUUAAAAAGAAGAAAAAUAGUACGAAAGUCUUAUCUCAAAACUAUUUAAAGCUUCACACCAAGUAAUUCAUCUUUACUAUUAUGAAUAUAUAUUGUAUUACAUCUUCCCUUGCUUUAGAACUAUCUCUAGGAAGAAAAAGCAAAUUUAAUAUAGUUAAGAACUUCUUAACAAGCAUUUAGAUGUUAUGUACCUCAUUAAUAAGCUCUAGGAAAUUGAUAAACUAAAAAUGCUUUUACUCUCUGAAGAAUAAAUUAAAUUAUUUAAUUAUCUUCCAAAACCGACGAUAAGAGAAGCCGAACUAUUUUAAAAGUCCUCAAAUAAAAAUUAAGUAGGAAUUGAAAAAACAGAUAAUAAUUAAAAUCAAGGUGAUAAUUAAAUUGGUAAGACAAGUAGAUUUUUACAAAUUGAAAAAUUUAAUUUACUUUAUAUGGAUGAAAGAAGUGAAAUUCAAAAAGCAGCUGAUGCUUAUUCUGCUUUUGAAACCUUAAAGAAAUUUUAAAAUAGGAGUGAAAUUGACACAAAACUAUUAAUGAUGCUAGAUCCUAAAAUAUUAGAUUACUUCCUUGAUGAAAAGGAUAUUAAUUAGUUCCACAAAACCCUCAAUACUUAAUUACAAGAAAGCAAGAUUUAGAAGUAAUCUUCCAACAUUUCUUAAUUAGGUAAUUAGUAAAUGAGAUCAAGAUAGUAUAGCUAAUUUGCUUUAAACAAAGAAGAUAACGAGUAGUUAUAUGCAAAUCAGUAAGACUAUUCUAAUUUUGAUAUCUAAAAUGCUCCUUCAAGCUAUAGAAUGAAUCAUGAAUAUAUGUAAGAAGAUGGAUUUUUUGAAGAUCAGUCUAACAUCAAUUUAGUAACACAAUAAUUUCAAAAAAAUCAUAAGAAUCAAAGUUAGAUUCUUAACAAAAGUUUAAACAAAUAGAAAACAAUAGAUUAGUUAUAUGAUUAUACAGGAAAAAGUAAUAAUAAUUUACAAGAAUAAUCACAUUUUAGCAAUAAAAAGUAAGAUAAUAAAUAAAAUAAUAAUAAUUUUGAUGAAAAUCAAAACUCAAUAGAUAUUUAAUCUGACUCCAAAUCACCAGAAGAAAAUUGA